UUUUAAUAUGUUUGCAGAUGUGGUGUAUGACUAAAGGCUGAAUAUCAAAGUGAUAUUCUGUCACGUUGUACAACAUCAGUCUUGGUGCAGAUCCACCAUGUUUGGUAAAUUUCUUUCAAACUGCCCCAACUUUGAAGGCAGGCAAAGCUUGGCCAGCUGCCUCCACUUUGUGCAGCCCCGCUACAGAGGAGAAGAUUUGAGAUAAACGGAUAAGAGGGUAAGUAUGGGGGACAGACUUGUACCUGCACUGUCUCACUCAGACUAUAGGCUAUAUUUCAGCUACAUGACUUUAUGGUUUACAUGUAUUUUCACAAAACAAGACAUAUCUUUCUCUCUGCAUAGGGAUCACUCCCACGUGUUGCUCUGCAUUGCUGCAUGUCGGCCUGUAGGUGGCGGCGUGCUACCUUAAUGAAAUUUGCAGUCUACCUUCUGCAAUUUAGACGUGCACAGAUAAAUUCAUUAGUUUCAAUUAAACAUUGGCGACUUUUAAACUGAAUAGCAACAAAUUAUUAAAAAAAACCUGUAAAAGACAAAUAUUCCUUCAUGAAUCCUGCUGUAUGAACAUGCCCCCACUUACCUUCUGUGAGACUUGUGAUUACAUUAAGCAAAGGAAAGACGACAUGUCCCCUAUUAGUGGUCCUGCAUCACUGUGUCCCACUGUUCAGGGUCUACUGGAUGUCGCUCACGCAGACAGAGCAGCUUUUGUCUGAUAAAUCUUAAUAAGCAAGCAGCCAAAUUGGAGUCACAAGUAUGCACAGUCCGUUGAGAGUUUCAGGCCGCGGGCUUGUGGGGGCUGCAACUUUUUCUACCUCUGCCGGACCAUAAUUCACGUCACAUCAUGAUCUGAGCUGCAGGGUCUGGGGAAGUAUAGGAGUAUUCUAAAGCAAUAUGGAGAGCUGGCACUGUUUGCUGCUGCUGUGCUCACUAAGUUUAGUGCUGCCCUCUGGAGAGGCCACGAAAAAUGAUGAUGGCAUCGACCUUGUCAGCUUUCUGAGAAGGAUCUACCCCGGGCUGCUGGUGAGAGACGAGCCGUUCAUCAUCAACGGAGACUUUGAGAUAAACUCCCCGGAGGAGCCGGGACACCCUGAAGUCCUCUCAGUCACAGAGCAAACCAAGGACAAACCAUUCAAGCAGGAUACAAAUGAGGCCCCCAGACCGGUGGUGUUAACCAAAGAUGGCCAGAUCAAGGGAGUUACAGUCGAUAAGGCCCAUAUAUUCUAUGGGAUACCGUAUGCAGACCCACCUGUUGGGGCUUACCGCUGGAAGCCCCCAAGACCAGUGAGUCCGUGGUCAACAGUUUAUGAUGCCUCCUUCCCCAGGGCGGCGUGCAUGCAGGCCUGCAGCGGACCCAUCACUGAGGAGUGUCCUCGAAAAGUCAGCGAAGACUGUCUCUACCUCAACAUCUUUGUCCCUGUGGAUGUGAACUUCAGCUCCCCUCUGCGGAGCCCGCUGCCCGUCAUGGUGUGGAUCCACGGCGGGGAUUUCAUCGCUGGCUCCGCCUCCAAGCCGCUGUACGACGGACGCUUCAUCAGUAACUUCACCCACACUGUUGUUGUAAGCGUGGAUUACCGACUGGGUGCCUUUGGGUUCCUCGUGUCGGGCAAAGACCCCCAUGCCUCAACUACAGGGAAUUAUGGGAUCCUGGACCAGCAGGCAGCUCUUCUUUGGGUCCAACGGAACAUUGCGGUGUUUGGAGGUGAUCCCGGCAAGGUGACAAUAUUUGGGGAGAGCGCCGGCGCUCAGUCGGUGAGUCUUCACCUGAUGAUCCAGAGCAGCAAGCCUCUGUUUAAACAGGCUGUCCUGCAGAGUCUGCCCUUCUCCAUCCCUCUGAAGACCAGACACGAUGCCCUGAAGCUGGGAAAAGGCUUUGCUAAACAGACCAACUGCUCUGUGAGCAACAUCGUCUGCCUGCUGUCUCUCACUCCACAGGCCGUCCUGGCUGCCCAGAUGAAAACAAGUUCCAAGAUUGUGAACCCGUUCAGGUUCCUGGAGGUCUUUGAGACGUGGGGUCCGUACAUUGAUGGGGAGCUGAUAAAAGAGCAAGCUGUCACUGCCUUUCUAAAGGGCCACUGGCAGAAGGAGAAGCCGGUGCUGCUGGGCACGACCUCAGAAGAGGGAGUGAUCUUUGUGUACGCCGUCUUCAACAAGCCCGUCUCCGCGGUGGAGAGCACUGUGUACAUCACAGCCAUCUUUAAACAGCAUGCUCUGAGGAUCCUGCACAAGUACCUGCCCCUGUACAGGGACGCCGACCGCAGGGACAUGCUCGCUCAGAUCGUCACCGACUACAUCUUCCUGUGUCCAGCGAGGAGGUCGGCGCGGGCCGGCACAGCGGCGGGCAGCGGCGUGUGGAUGUACGUGUUCGACCACGUGGCGUCAGACCCUCGGGUGUGGUCAGGUCUGACCUUCUGCUACCAGCACGCCUGCCACGGCGCCGAGCUGCCUUUUCUCUUCAACUCCGCCCCGGUGGCCAACUUCACCAUGACGCUCUCAGAGAAGCUGCUGUCCAAUCGGAUGCUGUGCUACUGGGGGGCCUUCGCCCACACCGGCGACCCUUCCUCGCGGGCCCAACAGACCACUUUCUGCCGAGAGCAGCGGCUGCCUGUUUGGCCGCGCUACUCCGACAACAGUGGCUGGCUGGUUAUGAACCUGACGGUGCGAUCACAUGCGCAAGUGGGAACAAGGAGCCAUAUAUGUGACUUCUGGGACAAACUGGGCAUCUACUAGUGAGGAGACAGGCUGCACGGAGGGGAUUCGGGUCACUGUUCUUGCACUGUAAUAUGGCGUUCAUGUUGUUUAUCUCAAAUUAUACAUUCAUGAAAUUUUAGGAAAUUGCUACCAGCUCUUAAAAGAAACUUUUGUUCCUAUGUCAGAGGUCUUGAUACAUUUUGAGAUCUAAACCUUCAUUAGUCCUGUUGAAGAAACAAACACAAAGUCUGUGUGUGUUGUCAGCUAACUUGCCACUAGCUGUUUGCAGUGGACAAGCGCACAAAAAAAAAGUACUCCCGAAUCACAAUGUGCACAACACAAAGCACGGCAAAAACUUCUGUCCCACUCAAACCUGAACACACCUUUGGAGUGUAGCCAAUGUCAGAGUCUGGGAAAAAUUCUUUAUAUGUGACAAUGCAGCACAAAGAAUGAAAGAUGUGGUGGGACUUUAGCUAUAGCUAUUGGCACAAGCGAUAAAAUGGAGAUUAACUCACUCACUGUGAACGGCUCCUGUAUGGAACAGCCCAAGUAAAUAUUAAAAUCAAACAGUGUGGAUUAACACUUGCUUCUCAUUAUACAAACUGUGAUGUAUGUAUGCUUCCUAAAGGCUUCAGUUAGCAGCUGUACAUUGUGGUCAAAUUAAUUUAGUCAAAGCAGGAGCCAGUCUUCUAACUGUAUAAACUGUAUGAAAAAAGAAAAGUGAUUUCAUUAAUACUGUUCUUUUGUUUUUCUUUUUAAUUGUACUUGGCUCAGAAUCUCUGACCAGCGUGUUUCUCAAAUAAAAUGAAUCCUUAAAGCUG